GACUGCCAGGAUCUCACCGAUGUGGAGCGGGCCAUUGAGACCGUCAUCAACCAGUUCCACUGCUACGCGGUGAAGGGGCAGAAGGAGUACCUGACACCCAACGAGAUGCAGGACCUGGUGGUGCAGAAGCUGCCCCACCUGGGGAAG